AUGCGGCUGCUCGGCGCCUUCCUGCGGCUACUGGUGGCCGGGACGCUGGGAGCGCCGCCCGCCCCGGCCCCGGAGGAGCGGGGGACCGCCAGCGCGGAGUCGCACGUCUUGACUUUUCGGGAGAUCUGGAAUCGUAGUUUCUGCCGGCCACUGGAGCAGCUGGUAGACGUCACUAACGAGUUCCCCAACGAGGUGGAGUACAUUUUCAGACCCUCCUGCGUCUCCCUGCAGCGCUGCGGAGGCUGUUGUGGGGACGAGGGUCUCCGCUGCGUCCCGGUGGAGACCAGCACAGUCACCAUGCAGCUCUUGAAGAUAAAGCCAAAUGGGGAGGCACCCUACGUGGAGAUGGAGUUCACUGAGCACAAGCAUUGCGAGUGCAGGCCCCGGCAGGAUCUGAUGAGGUUGGGAAGGAGGAGGUCCAAGAGCCGAGGUAAGAGAAGACAAGACAAGAAGGGACGGAAAGACUGUGAACUAUGUGGCACACCACGCAGGUAGCCUCUGCUCUGCCCCCAGCCUUGAUCCUGCUGCCUGGAUUUGAGCCAGUUGCAUUUCCCCCUGGCAUGAGAGACUUGUGCAGUCAUGUCCCUCCAAGCUGUGUUGGGCAGCGGGACUCUGUCAGGGAAGAUCUGACUGGACUCUUGCCUGACCCUGGUAGGAAUACAUCCUGGAACCAAGGACUCCCUUGCCCCAUCUGCCCUGUUGGCAGCAGGACAAAAGGACACAUGACCAGGUCUGGGGCUGAAGAUGAGGAGCUCAAGCCAUGUGUUGGUGUUCAAGGGCAUCCUGGGGACAGCGAGGAGCAGAGCUGGUGGAUGUGCUGCUGGAACUGGCUGGGGAGGACAGCAUGAUGUGGGAAAAAGCAGAGAUGGCUCACAGGGCUGCAGCUGCAAAACUUCUCUGUCCUGUCAGUGCUCUGCAGCUGGGGAGGAAGGAAACCUGGGGCAGACAAGGCUGCAGGGCUGCAUCCGUCCCAGCCUUGGCACGGGACAGCCCAGGAGAGUGCCAGGGAACUUGCUUGGGAAGCUGUUCUGGUGGGGAAUGGGAGGGAACUGGGCUCCUCACUUACAGCCACAUCCCAGCCUUGCCCUGCUCAAUAAAAGCUG